AGAAUCAGCCUGUCAAUUCGAAAGCAAGCGAGGGAAAACUGCUGUGCCUCUCAGGUCUCACCUUGAUGUCAUGCCUGUCCAUGUGCUGUUGGAGGGUACGGGGCCUCAGAUACCAGCACAUCUGACCAGGAUUCCCAUCUCUCUCAUCACCACCAGCACAGAUGUCACAGACAAAAUAGUCAAGGGGGAAGUGGUUCACAAGGGGCCGCUAGUGCCAUUGAACAAUGACAGUUUUAUCCUGAAGAUGGUCAUCCAAGAAGAAGAUUCCAUGCUGAACAGCUCAUCUCAGAACUCAUCUGUCAAUGUUGUUUUGUUUGGAUCACUGGCCAAGAACUUCAGUCAGUCUGCCAACCAAGGGGAUGUAGUGGUGGCCUCUGGCUUCACUGUGGGCAAAUCUCCCACAGUUCAUAAGGACAAUCUGCACCCCUGUAACCUGCUGCUAACAGAAGAUGGAGCCUGCAUUUAUGUGUUGCGUCCAGUGCUUUCUAACCCCAGAUCCCCACCAGCCAACAAAAGGAGAUCCCCAGUCUCUGCUGAGCUUUCUUCAGCCAAGGCUCCAAAGUACACAUAUGCCAAACUGGACAGCUUGAAAGCUGGAUCUGUUGUCAAUGUGUAUGGUGUAGUGGUGUUCUUCAAACAGCCUUUUAAGAGCCGUGGUACAGAUUUCUGCUCUAGCCUGAAGAUUACUGACCACUCUAAUGAAAAGAUUGGCUGCACCAUCUUCUGUGAGAAAUGGAGGACCAUCCCAAAAUCUUUCAGAAUGGAGACAUUGUUCGCAUGCACAGAGUUAAGGCUCAAGUUUUCAACAAGUCCAUCACGCUGGUCAACACCUUUGGUUUUUCUGUGGUGACAUUUGAUGGGGUGAAAGGUGCACCGGUUGAACCGCGAACAUCCAGCCGUUCAUUCCACUUUGACCAAGACGACCAGCGGACGGUGGAGGAGCUACGAUCCUGGGCUGCCACUCAGGAUCUCUUCGCCUCAGUUACCAGCACAGUCCCGCUGUCUGCUGUUCAGCCCAAAGCUUACUUUGACCUGACCUGCCAGCUCCUGGCCAAGGCCCCUGUUGAUACCACCUGCACCUUGUUGAGGGUGUGGGAUGGGACCAGGUGUCCUCACACUCUGCUGAAGGUAGUUGUUGAGCCACAUGUCACAGAGGGACAGUUGUCCUUCUCCAAGGAGAGGGAGAACCUCAUUGCCGAUGUCCUCGUCUAUGACAACCAUGUGGAAGUGGCUAGAAAACUGAAGGUCAGAGAUUAUAGAUAAUCCUAGAGCUAAAUCUUGUGAUUACCCUCAGAAAUCACAUUCUUCCUUACCUUUACUAAUUUACUUUUUGCAUAUAUGGUACGGAAGCCUGUGUGAAUAAAAACAAACAAACAUAUUUUGCAAAGUACACUUGGGUACUGUUAUAACUGCAGGUAGCUGAUUAUUAAAUAUUUCAUUGGCAUUACGCUUUCUUUGGUGUCACACAAGGCAAUCAUUUGACUGCCCCAUAAACAGCCCUUAUUCUUCUCAAAGAAGCAAUUAAAGUAAUUGAAAGUAGAAAAAACUGAACGUGUAAAUUUAUACAAUGAAGCCAGAAGGAGGAGCUGCUGAGAGAAACCAGGGGACACGGGUGGUAUUAGAUGUGUCAGAAGGCCACAAUGGCUGCAGGACUACUAGAGCCUUGUUACUUCCCGGAUUGAUUAUUGUAAUUCACUUCUUUUUGGUCUUACUCAAAAAUCCACCCACAAGCUCCAACGCGUCCAGAACUCUGCUGCCCGUAUCAUCACCAGGACCCCUUCUGCCCACCACAUCACUCCUGUCCUGUCUGCAGCAGCUUCAUUGGCUCCCGGUCAAAUAUCGCAUCAAUUUCAAAAUACUCUUGUACACAUUUAAGGCUAUUCAUCAUCUCUCUCCUCCAUAUCUCUUUGACCUGGUUAAGAUCACCGCCCCAUC